GGAACUUUAUAAUAUAUUAUUGUCCAAAAUGAGUUCGAACAAAUUGAAAGAAAUGAGAGAGAAUUUUCACUAAGAAUUUAGAAAGAAAAACCUUGAAUCAGUAUUUAGAUUGAAACGUUUAGUCAACACUACCAAGUAAUCAAAUCCAAUCGGAAAAUUAACAGAAAUAGUCAAUAAAAUGAUGAGAUCUCAAGAAUUACAGGAUUAUGAAUAUUAAACACUCAAUGCAAUAUUGGAUGAAAUAAAUCAAAUAACCGUCACUGAUACAUCUUUAAGGUUCGAAUUGUCGGAACAACUUAGCGUUAUUAAGUCUUUAUUGGAUUCAUAGGAAUCAGGAUAUUUAAAUACUCAACAAAUAAAUAUUGCAAUUAAAGCAGCCAAUUGUUAUAGAAAUUUAACUCUAUAACAGCCUUAGAUUGACCAAUAUGAUUAAGUUUAAGGUAUUUUGGCAUCACUCUAAAGGAAUCCAUUUAAUGAAUCAGCAUUAAAAUUAUUAGCUACUAUUACUAAAAAUAUUGACAAUCAUGAUCAAGUAAUAACCAUCUUGACACUGGCUUCAAGAUUACUUGAUACUUGCGAUUCUAAUUGUAAUUUUAUAUAUAUAUUAAAUAAAAUAGUAAGAGAAAAGGGGUUACACAUAUUUGAAAAUGCCAGCAGUAAUAAAUAGAACAUUCAAUUCAUACUAUCUAUGAGUGCAAUAAAUACAAUUAUAGAUUUUGUUUAUUUCAAAGAGAAAAAUAUCUCAAAAAUUUCAAUGACCAUUUUAGUCAAUUUAUCCUACACAUCAGAUUUCCAUGAAUGUGCAAAAUUGUUGGAUCUAGGGAUUACUGAUGUUGUGUAUAAAUUACUAAAGAAUUCUAUUUUUACUUACAGUAGAUUAUUUGGAAGCAUGAUCUUUAAUAAUUUGAUGGCUUCAUCACAUUUACUUUUAGACUAAGUAAUAUCGAAUCUAAAAUUACUUGAACUAGUUUUUGAUUUAUUGGAAAACGAUGUUGUUGAUGUAAGAGUAGAAUUGUUUCAAGCUUUUCGUAAUUUUUUAGUCGUUUGUACAAAUCAAUAAUUAUAAAAUUUGAUUGAUAAUGGAAUUUUAGAUUAUUUAAUUUUAGGUCUUGACGAUUACGAUAACGACAUUAUUUUAGUUUCUGUUCAAAGUAAUUUUCCAAUUAUCAUUGUUAGCUCUCUACUAGACUAUGAAACGAUUCAUCUCUACAGAUUCCUAGCAGAAUAUUUAUUAGAAAUUUUCAAUCAAAAAUGUACCAAAAAAACUAGAGAAAUUACAGAUGCGAAACGAUGCUAUUUAUAACGAAGUUUCUCAAUUUAUUGAGGAAUUUUAUGAUGAUGACUUUGAUGAUUAUGAAUAUUGA